UGCCUGGUCUAUCGCGUAGCGAGAACUCCAUUUCCCAGAGUGCCUCUGGACGCGAGAUCUGCAUUCCCCCGGCUUGUCAGGAGUUCCGUCCCAGAGGGGGAACUGCGGUAGCCAAGCCUGAGUGCCAGCCGAUGCUGAGUGGGCAGCUGGUCGUACGCCUGUUCUCCAUGGCCAGCCGCCUCUGUAUGUCCCGGGGCAGCGCGGGAUCAGGGGUCAUCGGUCCCGUCGAGGCUGCCAUUCGCACGAAGUUGGAGCAGGCCCUGAACCCCGAAGUGCUGGAGCUGCGUAAUGAGAGCGGCGGCCACGCGGUCCCACCGGGCAGUGAGACCCAUUUCCGCGUGGCGGUGGUGAGCUCUCGCUUUGAGGGACUGAGCCCGCUACAAAGGCAUCGGCUGGUCCAUGCGGCUCUGUCAGAAGAGCUGGCUGGGCCAGUCCACGCCCUGGCCAUACAGGCGCGGACCCCCGCCCAAUGGAAGGAGAACCCUCAACUGGACACAAGCCCCCCCUGCCUAGGUGGGAGCAAGAAAAGUCGAAACUAACCUUGGACCUGGAGAAAGGGAGGACCAGGAUUCAAGCGGGUUUCGUGAGAAUGAACUACUGGGGCUUUCUUCCAUUUAAUACAGUCUGGUAUUUGUUAGAAACGAGUAAUGUAAUAUGCCCAUUUAACCAGCAUAUGCCUAUUCUCAGGAGAGAGUAAUUCAUUUCAUAUUAAGGUUAAGCUAAGAAGAGGGGACAAUCCCUACUAUUCAGGAAAAGCUGCCCAGCUGUUUCAUUUUAAAUUGUGACUAAGGAAUCGCCAGACUUUAUAUAAGUUACUAGUAAUCCUGUACAUUAAAAGAGAAAUUAUCAUA